GAAUGAUUAUGUUUGAUAACAACACAUUUUGUUACUGUGAUUUCGGGGACGUGACAUUUUAAUUAUUUUGAGAAGUAUCAUUUCAUGACGCAUAAUGCACUGGAUACCAUGCAUCGGAGCCAGGGACGAGGUGGAAGAGCAUUCCAAACAAAUUGACAGAGAAAUCAAACAAUGGAUCAAGUCUUAUAAUCAGGCAAUCAAGCUAUUAUUACUGGGCACCGGAGAGAGUGGGAAGACGACUAUUAUAAAACAAAUGAAAAUUCUGCACGUACAGGGAUUCUCUGUCAGUGAACGAGCAGAAAAAGCGAUUCACAUUCGUCACAAUAUACACGAAUCUAUACAUGACAUUGUAAACAGCAUGGCGGUGCUUGGUAUAGAGCUGCAGAAACCAAAGAAUAGUGUAUCCAAAGAGUUUAUACUCAAACUUGGCGAUGAUGGACCUAAGGAGUAUAAUGAAGAAUAUUUCGAUCACGUUAGAGCGUUAUGGCAAGAUAAGGGAGUCAGGGAAUGCUUUAAAAGAUCCAACGAAUACCAACUCAUUGACAGCGCUGAAUAUUUUCUAGAUAGAAUAGAUCUUAUUGAAAACCCGAAUUACAUACCAUCAGAUGCCGACAUAUUGAGAUGUCGACGGAAAACGACCGGGAUACAGAAAAUUGAAUUUAAAGUUAAGGUCCCAAAGUCAAUGCAUGGAGGUACACAAGAAUUUUGGAUGUUUGACGUUGGAGGCAGAGGGAGAACGGAAAAAUGGAUACAGGUAUUCGAAGGUAUCCACGCGAUCUGGUUCCUGGUGGCGUGCAGUGACUUCGACCAGACCCUCAGGGAAGAUGGCUCGCAGAACCGACUUCAAGAAGCUUUGGAUCUCUUUCAAGAUGUUUGGCAGAGUAGAUUCCUUCUAGAAGCCGGUCUAAUCCUGUUCCUCAACAAGCAAGAUAUACUAGAACACAAGAUAUCUCAGGGCCGCAGCAUCGCCCUACUUCCCCAGUACGAGCGGUUUAACGCACAAGGAGAGUAUACACGAACCAAGAUGUUUAUUAGAAGUUUGUUUGUGGAACUUAUAACAAAGAAACGCGAACGCCACCGCUUAGACGCGUCAGCUGAACGAUUCGUGGUCGCCGAAGCUCGUCGCGCAGAGUGCUACUUCCACUUCACGACGGCAACAGACACUGAUAAUGUCAGGACUGUCUUCAGAGAUGUUCAUCAGAUUAUAUUGACACAUUUGCUUAAUAAUUUGGGAGUUUAUUGACCGGCUUUGUUGGAGAUCAGCUUUAGCUUCCUAAGGAACCCGGGCAAUAGAUAUAUUGUUUUCAGAGAUAUUCAUCAGAUCAUACUGGCACCAUCAUCUUCUAACCGGAUUCAGCUGAGUACCAGUGCUUUACAAGGAGCGACUGCCCUAUCUGACCCCUCAACCCAUUUACCCGAGCAACCCAAUACCCUAAGUAAGACUGGUGUCAAACUUACUGGCAACAAAAUCUUUAGUAUCAUUAUAUUAUUCAUAGCCCUUUUCCGCGGUUUCACCCACGUCCCGUGGUAACUACUGCCCGUACCGGGAUAAAAUAUAGCCUAUGUUACUCGUGGAUAAUGUAGCUUUCGAAUGGUGAAAGAAUUAAAAA